AUAAUCCCUUUGGACCAGGGUAUUAUUCACGUUGGAAGACAUCUUUAUCAGAUAAGUUCUCCACACUGACUGAUGACGAGGUGUCCGUGUUAUUCUGUUUUCUGUGUUCUGACUCCGGUCCUCCUGACUUCUCUGACACAGAGUGGAUGGACUUACUUAAUGAGAUGCGACAGUUAGUGUACCGUAACACUUUAACACGUGAGGAAGUACAACAGACUCUGGACAGACUGAAGUCAUGUGAUUACCUCUGGGAUGAUCAGGACAAAAUAACGGAGGACACAAAGGACGAGACAAUGUAUAGGAUAACAUCAAUAAAAUAUUAUAUACCAUUCUAUUACAGUAGUUAUGACACAGCUAGUGUGUACCUGAGAUCAGAGGAAUACAACAGAAAACCUAGAGAGAAGUGUGUCCGUAGUCGUGGCUGUAAUGACUUACUGAUACUCCGUCUACAGAUGAACAUACUGACUCACGUCACCAUGGAGGACACGAGUAUUUAUAAUAAGAUACCCCAGAUAUUGAAUGUUUCGAACCAAAUCCUAAAGGAGAGUGAAGAUAAAAGGAAAGAAUUUCUAUCGGAUCUAAGAAAAGGAGGGGCGGCUGUACAUUACAGAGGAAGAUCACAUGACAGUAUAGAUCACGUGACGUGGCUCUGGAGGUACAAUUACUGGGCGAGACCUGACAUCGUGAGAUCUUGUAUAGGUCUACAUCCACACUGGGACAUUUACAUCAUCGACAACAAAGCUUACAGGAAAACAAGUAAGUAGUCAUUGAGAUACAAAGAUUCCCUGAAAUAUACAUUUCAUAUGCACCAGUUCCUUUGUUCGAUUUAUACAUGUGGUUUGUUUGUCGG